CACCUCCAAAACAAAAGGAAGAACGGAAACCGGAGCUGAGGAAACAGUCUUGUUCUCGUUCUCUCUCUCUCUCUCUCUCUCUCUCUCUGUGUCUCUUUUUCUCUCUAAUAUCACUCGACGCUUUCUUUUCGCACGCGCACAUACGGGUUCUUCUGAUGGAUUGAUGGAUAUAUAUAUAUAUAUUUUUCUUUUUUUAUUUUGUCGGUGUAGAUAAACAACGGAUGCGCAUGAGAGUGUCUUAAACAAUGGACGUUCCGUAAUGUAUGUAAAUUAAAUAAUAAUUAAAAUAAUAAUAAUAAUAACCGUCGUUUUGUCGCCUCAGCUGACGCCUUUUAACGUGCGCGAGCGCGGAGGCGGAUCCCCCCCACCCGCGCGCGCACUGAGGGAGGCCAGAAAGAAGAGGCUCGAGCGCCAGACAAAUUUAGAGGGAAAAACAAAUUAUCCUCAACAAAAAACGAAUGUUUGCUUGUUAACUGCUAUUUGGAGGACCCUUAUUUAUUCGUUUACACACACACACAACGCAACGUCUAGCGUCGAUCAUGUGUCUCAAGGUGGACCCGGGAUGCGGCGAACAUGGCGUGCCGUCAACACGUAACCCGAAGCAUGUUGGCGGUCGUUUCGGUAUCUGCUUAUAUGUGUGACUUUGAGACCACGACAUGGACCACGAGGACCUUAACUGAUCAGGUCGACCAACUUGCUUCGUCACUUCCUUUCUUGACUCAGUGGUUUGUCGCGGAACCUUUAACAGAUUGGACAGAAAAUGACAUCAGGACAGUUCCUGGAGCUUGUCCUAUCCGUUGGUUCUGAUGUUUCAUGAAGCUGCUGAAUAUGGCUGAACUCCGAGGAGCUACAUUUGCACUAGCAGCCCUCUGAAUGGGGGUUCAGUAAGUCCCCAUGUCUCUGUCUGAGUGAAUGUUCCCUUUCAAAUGCUGUGAGGUCAAAGGAAAAAGCGGAGGCCGCUUGGUGUUGUGGACGCCGCCUGUAGAGACAGAGGACUUUAAGAGGGUUUGUUGGCCCUCGUCGGGUCACAUCCCAGUUCUCUCCUCACUUCCCUCAGGCCGUUUAGGCCUUUCUUUCUUCAUCCCCUUGUUCACCCAGCUUCCACCAUUCGCCCCUCGCUGGCCACAGCUGUCCUCCCUCCCCGUUCCCGCCCCCAUCAGCCCAUCCCUUCUCCUCACCCUACCCCAAGCCACCCCACCCCUCACCCUUCCAUGGCCACCAGCACAGCGCGAGAGCACCUUCUGGUGGUGCGGAGGCGCAGCCCGCACAUGCGAUACACACUGGGACCGGAAAACCUGCGCAGUAAUGGCAGCGGUGGAACAUCCAGAGGAGGUGCUGCAACCGAGACGAUGGGCCUACAACGGGCCAACAGUGAUACGGAUCUGGUCACGUCAGACAGCCGCUCCUCCCUUACUGCCUCCACCUAUCAGUUCACCUUGGGAAGAGGACAGAACCUCGUCAUCUCCUGGGACAUCAAGGAGGAGGUGGAUGCCACAGACUGGAUCGGGCUCUACCACAUUGACGAGACGUGUCUGGCUAACGUGUGGGACUCAAAGAACCGCGGCGUCAAUGGCACACAGAGGGGACAGAUCGUCUGGAGACUGGAGCCCGGGCCGUACUUCAUGGAGCCGGAGACCAAAAUCUGCUUCAAAUAUUACCAUGGAGUGAGUGGAGCCUUAAGAGCGAUGACGCCCUGCAUCACUGUAAAGAACCCUGGUGUCCUGGCUGGACCAGGACAAGUGGACGGCCAGUCUGUGACGGAACAUUGUCGGAAACUCGUCAGCUUCACAUUAUCAGAUAUCAGAGCUCAGGGCCUAAAGAAAGGCAUGUUCUUCAAUCCGGACCCGUAUCUGAAGAUGAGCAUCCAGCCUGGAAAACGCAGCGGCUUCCCUGCCUUCACACACCACGGCCAAGAGAGACGAGCCUCCAUCAUCUCCAACACCACCAACCCUGUGUGGCACGGAGAGAAGUACACCUUCGUCGCACUCAUGACGGAUGUUCUGGAGAUCGUGGUGAAGGACAAAUUUGCAAAGAGUCGGCCAAUCAUCAAGCGCUUUUUGGGUCAGCUGACGAUACCUGUGCAGAGGCUUCUGGAGAGGCAUGCAGCAGGGGAUCAGCCUGUAAGCUAUACUUUGUGUCGCCGUUUGCCUACGGACCACGUGAGCGGUCAGCUUCAGUUCAGAGUGGAGAUCACAUCUACUGGACACGAGGAUGUUAUGGGCUCGCUCCUGGGUGCCUCAUCUGUGAACGGAGACCCAGGCAGCCCUUCUGAUGACGAGGACGUGGUCCCUCCAUCCUCUCGCAUCCCCAGGGCUGCAUCUCCAACCGGCUCUGAGGGAUCUCUCCACAACGAGGCCUUUAGGACUGACGAAGGUCCAUCGGAAGUUGAGGAAGAGCGCAGUCAUAGGGAUGUAGUCGUCAGUUCGGGACACGCCCAAAGGCAGAUCUCUCUCAACGAUUAUCUGGACACCAUCGAGGCUCCGAAUGGCCCCGGAGAUCGGCCCCUGGGAGCGGCGUCGCCCAAACUGCGCUCCAGCUUCCCCACUGACACGCGGCUCAACGCCAUGCUGCACAUCGACUCAGAUGAUGAUGAGGAAGCACACGUCUGUCAGGGGAUGGCCAACGGAGUUGCGUCUGAACAGGAGCAGAGGGAGGGGUCUAAAACAGAAGGGGAGGGGAGUCCCGCCAGUAGUGAAGAAGCAGCAGCAUCACAGUCGAGUCGCAGCACUGCGAAGAGCCAAAAUGGUGGAGCGGAAGUGAGCCAAGAGGGAGCGGCUAGUGCAUCAGCCCAGCCCCUGCCCCAGCCCUGGCCUGCAUCCCUGAAUCCACCAGCUCAAGAUAAAGAUGCAGCCAAAGAGGGCGUAAGCGAGGAGGUCUUUGUAGCGAACGAAGCCUCCGUUUCCGAAGCCUCCUCUGGUGUAGCUAGCGCAGUGGGCGGAGCUUCCGCAGCUGGCCAAUCAGAGCCCGGUGUCUCUCAGGAACAGCCUAACGAAGCCAACGGGCAGGAGGAGGGCGAGGAGGUGUGGAGGAGAAGGCAGAGCUUGCUAGCGUCAGUGGAGGAGUCACAGGCAGAGGGGGCGGAGUCAUCAGGACGACGGAGAACUGAUUCGGCGGAAACGGAUGGCGAGUCGGGAGCCAGCGCUCAGGUGAACGGUCAUCAGACUGCGCGCUCUCUUCCAGCCGUACGUCAUGACAUCAGCCGCUACCAGAGAGUGGACGAACCGCUACCACCAAACUGGGAGGCCCGCAUCGACAGCCACGGGAGAAUCUUUUACGUAGAUCACGUGAAUAGGACCACCACCUGGCAGCGACCCACAGCUCCGGCUGCUCCUCAGGUCCUGCAGAGAUCCAAUUCCAUCCAGCAGAUGGAGCAGUUGAACCGACGGUAUCAGAGUAUCCGGAGAACAAUGACCAACGAGCGCACAGACGAGCAGGCGGCCGAGAUGCCCUCGGAGGACACAGACCUGAUGCAGCACACCAUUCCUGAGUACCGCAGGGACGUAGCGGUAGGAGCUGCUAACUAUUGCUCACGCCUCUCGUUGCUGCUCCAGUCACCCAGCGCCAAAUUUCUCACCAGCCCCGACUUCUUCGGCGUGCUGCACUCCAACCCUAGUGCCUACCGCAUGUUUACGAGUAACACGUGUCUGAAGCACAUGAUCAGCAAGGUGCGGCGUGACACGCAUCACUUCGAACGCUACCAGCACAACCGCGACCUGGUGACCUUCCUCAACUUGUUCGCCAACAAGCAGCUGGAGCUGCCGCGCGGCUGGGAAAUGAAACACGACCACACCGGCAAGCCGUUUUUCGUGGACCACAACUGCCGCGCCACCACCUUCAUAGACCCGCGGUUGCCUCUGCAAAGCGCCCGGCCCAGCGGCCUGCUCGCCCACCGCCAGCACCUGAGCCGCCAGCGCAGCCACAGUGCUGGAGAGGUGGGUGAUGAGCCACGUCACGCCGGGCCCCCUGUCCUACCCCGGCCGUCUAGCACCUUCAGCGCUGCCGGUCGCAAUCAGUGCCAGGAUCUCGUACCUGUCGCCUACAACGAUAAGAUUGUGGCCUUUUUAAGGCAGCCAAACAUCUUUGAGAUCCUGCAGGAGAGACAGCCCGAGUUCAAUAGGAAUCACUCACUCAGGGAGAAGGUGCAGUUUAUCCGAAAUGAGGGCACGGCCGGCUUGGUGCGUCUCUCCAGCGAUGCAGAUUUGGUCAUUUUGCUGAGCCUGUUUGAAGAGGAAGUGAUGUCGUACGUGCCCCCCCAUGCCUUACUACACCCCAGCUACUGUCAGUCUCCACGGGGUUCUCCAGUUUCCUCCCCGCAGAACUCGCCUGGCACACAACGAGCCAACGCACGCGCUCCUGCGCCGUACAAGCGAGACUUCGAGGCCAAACUCCGCAAUUUCUACCGCAAGCUCGAGACCAAGGGCUACGGCCAGGGGCCGGGGAAAGUCAAACUGAUCAUGCGCCGAGACCACUUGCUGGAAGACGCGUUCAACCAGAUCAUGUGCUACUCCAGGAAGGACUUGCAGCGAAGUAAACUUUACGUCAGCUUUGUCGGAGAGGAGGGGCUGGAUUACAGCGGCCCUUCCAGAGAGUUCUUUUUCCUGGUGUCGCGCGAGCUCUUUAACCCCUACUACGGCCUGUUUGAGUACUCGGCCAACGACACCUACACUGUCCAGAUCAGCCCCAUGUCUGCCUUCGUCGACAAUCAUCAUGAAUGGUUUCGAUUCAGUGGCCGCAUCCUCGGCCUGGCUCUUAUCCAUCAGUACCUGCUCGAUGCCUUCUUCACGCGACCUUUCUACAAGGGUCUACUGCGCAUUUCAUGCGAUCUCAGUGAUUUAGAGUACCUGGACGAGGAAUUUCACCAGAGCUUGCAGUGGAUGAAGGACAACGACAUCGAGGACAUGCUGGACCUCACGUUCACCGUUAACGAGGAAGUGUUCGGACAGAUCACCGAGCGAGAGCUGAAGCCUGGCGGCGCCAACAUCCCUGUUUCAGAGAAGAACAAGAAGGAGUACAUCGAGCGCAUGGUGAAGUGGCGGAUCGAGAGAGGGGUUGUUCAGCAGACCGAGAGCUUGGUGCGAGGCUUCUACGAGGUGGUAGACGCUCGGCUCGUGUCCGUGUUCGACGCCCGGGAACUGGAGCUGGUGAUCGCUGGCACGGCAGAGAUCGAUCUGAGUGACUGGAGGAACAACACUGAAUAUCGAGGAGGUUACCAUGACAACCACAUUGUAAUCCGCUGGUUCUGGGCAGCAGUGGAGAGAUUCAAUAAUGAACAGAGGCUGAGGUUGCUUCAGUUUGUAACGGGGACCUCCAGCAUUCCCUACGAAGGUUUCGCCUCACUCAGGGGUAGCAACGGCCCUCGCCGCUUCUGCGUGGAGAAGUGGGGCAAGAUCUCAUCAUUACCCAGGGCUCACACGUGCUUUAAUCGUCUCGACCUGCCGCCGUACCCCUCGUUCUCCAUGCUGUACGAGAAGAUGCUGACCGCGGUAGAGGAGACCAGCACUUUCGGUUUGGAGUAAACUUUGACCCCCCCACUCCCGGCGUCUGGGCGAUUCUUCAGGAGCUGUCAGCUAAACGCGUUUUGUUUUUCCUUAUACGUUUCCGUGCACCAAUCAGCGACGAGCAGAGCGAAUCCUCACAGGCAGUUGGGAGCGAGAGCAGAGCGCGCACCUGGGAUUAAAAUGAUCGGGUUGGACGGGAAGACCAGAAAGGUCGUCGGCUCAAAUCUCAAGACGGCAGCAGUCGAGAGUCCUUUUUGAAUGCGUUUUUUUUCUGGGAAAACGCCGUAAAUGCUCGGACGUCGUCUCGGGAAUCCGACUUUUCACCCUUUUGUUACCCAAGAGACCCUUCUGCAAAAAAACUUUUUAUAAUCAGCCACAACGAUGACACAUUUCCAUAUAUAUAUAUAUAUAUAUAUCUCAGCGCUUUCUUAUAUCAACACACACACACGUGUGCUCAAUCUCAAUGCACCAUUUGAAAUGUAUACACAUGAACAUAUUUCGAUAUUGUUAAAUAUGUUUAUACGUGCUCUAUGCUGCCUCCUACAGGGCAGAGUGCGGUAAAUCUCGAGACACGAACCUCUCGGGUUUCCUCGAGUAUACGUGUUGCACAGAGAAACGGAGUAGGAACAUGCGUCCGAUCCUGCUCCGUCGGACCGAAUCUGAAGGAGGAGUCAAAUCGGACUUUGACGAGCGAGUUCCUACGGAUUCUUCUUUACACUGCCGUCGUACGCUCGCAGUUCUAUCCGAAUGUUUUUUUUUGGGGGGGUAAAACACAGUCGUCUGUAAAAAAUCGGCUGGAACGAAUUAUCAUCAUCAUCAUCAUCAUCAUCGGUUCAAUCCAGUCCAGGCUUUUCUCAUACUAUUCUAUUGAUUUAUGCUAUUUCAGUUGCACUGAAUGUACCAAAGGUUCAGGGAUUGGCGUGGGCCGUCCUGAAAUUCCUUACACCCCACCCCAGCCCCCUACACCCCCCCUUCCUUGACUUCUUUUUCAUAGUGCUCUUGUCAGUUUUUGCACUCAUCUGAAAGUAAAAAGAAAACGUUGAUUA